GUGAUAAGCAAAAAGUACGAAACUAAAUACCAGCUCUUUCAAAACGAAAAGCGCCAUCUGCUGAAAUAAAACGUGAAGAUUGAAAAUAGAAAGAAGCCAUCAUGUCCGACGAUAGUGCGGACAGUGAUUUCUCCGACCCAGAAAGUGUACACAGUACCAGUGGUCCUGGCAGUCCUGCUGGUAGCGCAUCAGGAAGUGGAGGCGGUAGGAGUCCGGCCGGUAGUAGGGGAAGUGGAUCUGAGAGUGGGGGAGAAGGCAGUGAUGUAGAGGUCCGGCAUCGACGGAAGAAUGUGUUGUCCGAAGACGAGGGGGAGUAUGAUUCAGAGGAAGAUGAAGAUGAUGACGGGAGGAGGAAGAAGAAGAAACCUCGACUAUCUGGUUUCAUCAUUGACGAAGCCGAUGUUGAUGAUGAGGGCGAGGAUGAUGAAGAUGACUGGGAGUCCGGAGCAGAAGAUCUGAUUGAGGCUAAAUCUAACUAUGAGGGUCCAACUGCCAGAGAAAUAGAGGGCAACCGCAGACUCGAACACUUGUUCAAGUCACAGAAAGAAGAUGAAAUUGAGGCAUAUUACAGACAGAAGUAUGAGGAUUCCUCCCUCACAGAGAGGUUUGGAGAGGGUGCUGAAAUGUCGGAUGAAAUCACGCAACAAGGAUUACUCCCCGGAGUCAAAGACCCCAAUCUUUGGCUUGUCAAGUGUCGUAUUGGAUUUGAGAGGGAGACAGCUAUUCAGCUUAUGCGCAAAUUUAUUGCCUACCAAUUUACAGACGAACCUCUCCAGAUAAAGUCGGUGAUAUCCAAGGAAAGCCUAAAAGGUUACAUCUACAUUGAGGCAUUUAAACAGACUCAUGUCAAACAGGCAAUGGAAGGCAUUGGGAAUCUCCGCAUGGGACUCUGGUCACAACAGAUGGUUCCGAUCAAGGAAAUGACAGAUGUCAUGAAGAUCGUACGUGAAUCUACAAUCCUCAAAGCGAAGGCGUGGGUUCGGCUAAAGCGUGGCCUGUACAAGGAAGACCUGGCUCAGGUUGAUUUUGUGGAGCCAGCCCAGAACAUUGUGCACUUGAAACUGAUACCAAGAAUUGACUAUACCAGACAGAGGGGGGUACUGCGGAACGCACAGGAUGCAGAGAAGCGGAAAAAGAAACGAAGGCCUGGACAGAAAUUGUUUGAUCUUGACCAGGUCAGACAAAUUGGUGGUGAAGUUUCGACCGAUGGUGACUUCCUCUUGUUCGAGAACAACAGAUACAGUCGGAAAGGUUUUCUCUUCAAGAGCUUCGCCAUGUCUGCCAUCAUUGCUGAGGGAAUCAAACCGACUCUAGCAGAGCUAGAGAAAUUUGAGGAUCAACCUGAAGGAGCAGAAGUGGAUUUGAUCCCAGAGAAGUCUGCUGGGGAUGUGAGCCACACCCUUAUUCCCGGGGACGUGGUGGAGGUGUGCGAGGGAGAGUUGGUUCAUCUCCAGGGUAAGGUCAUCAGUGUUGACGGUAACAAGAUCACCAUGUUACCCAAACACGAGGACUUGAAAGACCCUCUCGAGUUUCCCUGCCAUGAGCUCAAGAAACACUUCAAGAUGGGGGACCACGUAAAAGUGAUCGCGGGUCGGUAUGAGGGAGACACAGGGUUGAUCGUGCGAGUGGAGGAAAACAUGGUUGUUUUAUUCUCGGACCUCACAAUGCACGAGCUCAAGGUUUUGCCACGAGAUUUACAGUUGUGUGCAGACAUGGCUACGGGGGUUGACUCCCUGGGGCAAUUUCAGUUUGGAGACCUUGUCCAGCUAGACCCACAGACUAUGGGGGCAAUCGUGCGACUCGAGAAAGAAAACUUUCAGGUCCUCAGCAUGCACAACAAGGUAUUGAAUGUGAAGCCACAAUCAGUGACAAGGAAAAAGGACACGAAGAAUGCCGUGGCUCUGGACUCGGAGAGUAAUAAUAUACAGACCAAGGAUAUUGUCAAGGUCAUAGAUGGACCACACUCUGGUCGCCAAGGCGAGAUCAUGCACUUAUAUCGUAGUUAUGCUUUCCUGAUGUCCCGAAUGAUGACAGAGAAUGGUGGCUACUUCGUGUGUCGAACCAGACACUUAGUAUUAGCAGGAGGGGCUAAGCAAUCAACAACAAGUAUUGGUGUGGCCGGUUUUAUGUCUCCACGAUUGUCGAGUCCUGCCCACCCAGCUAGCGGAGGCGGAGGUGGAACCCCGGGUAGUGGUACACCAGGACGGGGCAGAGGGGGUGGGGGAUUCAGUCGUCGGGACCGUGAACUCAUUGGUCAAACUGUCAGGAUUGUUCAGGGGCCUUUCAAAGGAUAUAUUGGUAUUGUGAAGGACGCGACAGAUUCCACAGCCCGUGUUGAGCUACAUUCCAGCUGUAAAACCAUCUCUGUGGAUAAAACGCGACUUUCAACUCUCACAGGUGGAAAACCAAGUGGGAUGUCCUCAUCAUACGGAAAAACACCGACAUACAUGGGUGGACAAACGCCUAUGUAUGGGUCCCGCACACCAAUGUACGGUUCUCAGACACCACUCCAUGAUGGCAGUCGUACACCCCACUAUGCUACUCCUGGAAGCCGCACUCCUCUACAUGAGCCGGGCAGUAUGACACCAGGAGCCAGUGCCUGGGAUCCAGCCAAUCCAAACACUCCAAGCAGGAAUUCUGAAUUUGAAGACUACAGUUUUGAUGAGUCUUCCCCAGCUAACUACAACACUCCUACCCCUGCCACACCAGGAUACCAGGAGAGCACGCCCAGCCCCCAGGGGCCUUUUACACCCCAGACCCCAGGGACCAGCUACUCCCCAUAUGGCCAGGCGUCUCCCUCCCCUGCUAGCUAUCAAGCACCUAGUCCGGCUGGGUUUGGCAGUACGCCAAGUCCUGGUGGUUAUCAGCCGUCCCCAUCUCCUGGGGGAUUCUCCAGCAGCCCUUCACCCAUGGGAUACAGCCCUAUGACCCCAGGGGCACUCUAUACUCCUCAGACCCCCGGCAUGGCUAUGGACCACAGUAUGGCGGACUGGCACACCACCGAGAUUGAAGUCAAAAUCAGGGAAACACAUGACGAUCCAAAUCUCAUAUAUCAGACGGGCACUAUCAGAAGUGUGACGGGUGGAAUGUGUUCAGUGUAUAUCGCAGAGGAGGACAAGACAGUCAACGUGGCUUGUGAUCAUCUGGAGCCUGUUCCGCCGGAGAAGGGUGACAAGGCAAAGGUAAUUCUGAGUGAGGAGAGAGAGCUGACUGGAAUACUACUGAGUAUAGAUGGUGGUGAGGGAGUCAUCAAAACCGACCACGGCGAGAUUAAAAUGUUACCAAUACGCUACCUCUGUAAAAUGACAUAGUGGACUUGACAGUAUUACAACUCCUCUCACAAACCUGACCUGGUCAUUGGACAAACAGACCUCCUGCUUAAGCAGCAUUUAAAGAGUUUUCGUACAGAAACAUGUUUCGUCGGCAGAUGCAACAAUAUUGUUUGUGUACUCUAUAAGGAUAUGUAGAAGACUUGUACUCCAAUAGCAAGGACGAGGCAGUCUAAGAUGAUCACAUUGCCUGGGCAAAAAAGUCCUCCAUAAUUGGCGAUGAGGAGCAUAUUGUGUGGAAUGGUUGGGAACAUUUAGCCAGGUCUGGACUGUCCUUUAGGGACAUCACCACCAGAAACUGACCAGAUUAUUUCUGUAAGAUUAUGUUACAAACAGUGCAGUUUAAGAACCCUCUGUUGAGGAAGAAUGAUGUUUAUAUACAAAUGCCCUGGCCUAGAUUCACCAUUCCAUUUGGUGAAAAUACUGACGAAAAAUUUGUACUGUUGUUUUUCUUGAUUUUAUCAUUUGAAAUCAUAGCUUUAAUUCAUUAGUUUGAAACUGAAACAGAAGUUUUCUCUUUUUGGGAAGAAACAAAUUUUGUUUAGUUUGGGCACGAAAGAAGACUUUGUUUUGAUUUAUGCAAGAUUCUUCGAUAAAUCCUGCAGAAUCGGUAAUAAUUCAAUGUUUUAAUCUAUAGUUUUUAUAAAUUGAAAUUGAAAAGAUCCGUAUGUAUGCUGUACAACAGGUCUGCUUGAAGUUCUUGUCGUGUUGAAUUUACAGUUUCAAUAUUUUUAGGUAUGUAGUAUUUCCUUCCUAGUUGAGAUGAAUAAAGACUAUUUUACUACAAGUCAACACUGGCUUGUGAUUGAAAAUGAG